ACGGCCGCUUAUGCGAUGCUGCAGGUGUUGUGCCGGCGCAAGGUGGAUUUUCAGCGGGUCAGCGAGGAUCGGACCAACUGGGAGGAGUUCAUAACUAAUAUAUCGCAGCCAUGCCAGUCGAUGGUCAUCGAUUGUCGCUUCGGCGCCGACGACUAUGAAUGCGCGAGGAUGUUCUAUCCAAUUGUCACCGAUGAGGGCCUGUGCUGUGUAUUUAACAUGCUGCAUCCACGUUACAUGUACAAACGCAGUGCUUCGUUCUCCCAACGAAAUAUGACCUUACCCAAAAGCUACCAGGCUGUCAACUGGCAUGCGGAGCUGGGAUACAGGCGCGGCGCCAAGUAUAAGGACAGUGUGCUGUAUCCGCGCCCAGCCCAAGGAACAGGCGAAUCGCUGGGCCUGUCUCUGACGCUGGACGUGCAGGCCGAUGCCUACUACUGCUCCUCAUCGAGCAGCAUUGGCUUCAAGAUCGCUCUGCACAGUCCCAACGAGUCGCCCAAUGUACGCGAGACGGGCGUCCUGCUGGCCCCCGGCAUGGAGACCAAGCUCCGCAUUGAUCCAGCGAAAAUCCGGACGGAAAAUCAUCUGCGCCGCGUCCACCGCAAAUACAGGCGCUGUCUGUUCCGCAAUGAGCUGAAGCUGCGAUGGUUUGCCCAUUACACGCAGCGCAACUGCGCCGCCGAACGCUUGUCGGGGCUGCUGCUCCGCCACUGCGGCUGUGUCUCAUUCUACAUGCCGCGCCUGCACCGCAACGACACUAUCUGCUCGGUGGGGAAGAGGGAGUGCGUGCAGCGGAUUCGUUUCCGCACGAGCGAGGCGAUGGAGGAAUGCCUGGACGACUGCCUGCCCAGCUGCUUCGAUCUGACCUUCAAUACGAUCGCCUACUCGACGAAGCUCUCGCACGACGGCCUCGCGGUGACCAAUCCGCAUCUCAGGGUCAACUUCAGCGACGCGUAUGUGGAGCGCAAUGUGGCGGUGGUGAAUAUGUACUUCAAGGACCAGUCAUUUCGGGCCAGCAAGCAGACAGAGUUUAUUGGCUUCUCCGACUUUCUCUCCAAUGUUGGUGGCCUGAUGGGGCUGUUCCUGGGCUUCAGUUUCCUCUCCAUAGCCGAGUGUCUGUACUUUGCCUUGAUCCGACCCUGCCGCACCUGCUCCGAACUGAGGCAGCUUCAGCAGCAGCCGCAACAGUGGCCGCCAGUAGCUGUCCAUGCGAUGAACAGGGCUUUUGUUCCAGGGAGCAUAAAUUAUAUUUCACCAUCCAAAUGGUUUCAAACCGAGUUGGCUCGUCCGAGGGGGCUCAACUACAACUACAAUCAUCCGGCUUAAAUAUUAAGAGUAAAUUCUAGACUAGAUCAAAGUGCUUGGUGACAGUGUCAUGCUUGGCCAGCGCCAAAGUCUUGGUGUUCUCGUAACUCAGCAUAUACUGCUUGGCCUUGCUCUUCAAUAGGUCAUCGAAUAUCUGCGAGAGAAACGCAAAGAAAUCAAUGAAUCAAUCAACCAAAUCAAUUGCAGAUUAGCAAUAGAAACUGUCGAAGGCAGUACAAUCAAUAAACAAUGCUAAAUAAUCAA